GAAAGGCCGUUUCCGGGUGUGCGGGAGCGCGGAGCUCCAAGAUGAGCCGCAUCUACCACGACAGCGCCCUGCGGAACAAGGCGGUGCACAGCACGCAGCUGCCAGGGCCCUGGGACCCCGCCGCCCACCAGGGGGGAGCAGGCGUCCUGCUGGAGGGAGAGCUGGUGGACGUGUCCAGGCACAGCAUCUUGGACGCUCAUGGCAGGAAGGAACGGUAUUAUGUGCUGUAUAUCCAGCCCAGUCGUAUCCAUCGGCGAAAGUUUGACCCAAAGGGAAAUGAAAUCGAGCCCAACUUCAGCGCCACCAAAAAAGUGAACACUGGCUUCCUCAUGUCAUCCUACAAGGUGGAAGCCAAGGGGAACACGGACAGGCUCACUGCUGAGGUGCUGAAGGGGCUGGUGGAGAAGCCUGAGCUGCUUGCACUGACACAAAGCCUCACCCCUGUGAACACUGUGGCCUUCUGGAUGCUGGAGUCAGAGAUGGAGGCGAUGGAGCUGGAGCUGGGGGUCGGGGUACGGCUGAAAACUCGGGGCGACGGUCCCUUCCUGGAUUCAUUAGCUCGACUCGAGGCUGGCACAGUGACCAAGUGCAACUUUGCGGGUGAUGCGAAGACUGGAGCAUCCUGGACAGACAACAUUAUGGCCCAGAAGGCUGCUGAGGGGACCCCAGCAGAGACCCGCGAGCAGGGAGACGGGGCAGAGGAUGCUGAGUGGGACGACUGACCCCACCGUCAUCGGAGCCUCUUCCACCCACUUCCACACAUGACUACCCAGUCGCCAGGCUGCUGCUGCAUCCCUAGGCCACCCACUCAGGAACAGCCUCUGAUGAAGCUGGAACCAGUGCGAGACCAGAAUGGACUAGCUGGGGCCCGGGCUGAGGCUGCCCAGGAUUGAGAGCUGCCUUCCAGAUAUUUCCAGCACAGCCUUGCUUGUGGGGAAGCCUGAUUGCUGGAGGUGAGGGGGAAGGUGGAAGCUCCCCCACAGAGUGUGGAUACAAAACGGGGGACCAGCCCGCAUCUAGAAGCUGAGGGCCCCAGAAGAGAAGCCAGUCGAGCCCUUCCCCCAUCCCAGUCAGCUCCUCUCAUCCUUGUUACCUCCCCUCCGUGCUGGCAGUUUUCCGCAGGGUGCUGUGAUGGGGAGCCCCUGUAUUCCCAGGUCUGGUGGGCUGGGUCCCGCCUGACCUCUUUGCCAGGCCCAGUUUGGGAUCACACCCUUUUUUUGUUGUGGGUUUGUACCAUGAGAACUUUGCAUAAAUAAAUCUCCAGAUAAAGGA